AACGCUGAAGGCUUCAGAAUCAUGAGGAUGCUUCUGCACUUGAGUGCUCUCACUCUCAGCUGCGUCUGGGUCACUGCUAUGGAGAUUCCCAUGAGCGCAGUGGUGAAAGAGACCUUGAUACAGCUGUCUGCUCACCGAGCUCUAUUGACAAGCAAUGAGACGAUGAGGCUUCCUGUUCCUACUCAUAAAAAUCACCAGCUAUGCAUUGGAGAAAUCUUUCAGGGGCUAGACAUACUGAAGAAUCAAACUGUCCGCGGGGGUACCGUGGAAAUGCUAUUCCAAAACUUGUCACUAAUAAAGAAAUAUAUUGAUCGCCAAAAAGAGAAGUGUGGCGAGGAGAGACGGAGGACGAGACAGUUCCUGGAUUACCUGCAAGAGUUCCUUGGGGUGAUGAGUACGGAAUGGGCAUUGGAAGGCUGAGGCUGAGCUAGCUCAUGGCAACAUGACUUCACAUUUUAAGUUAAAUUUUCAACAGAUGCAAAAAACCCCCACAAAACUGUGCAAAUGAAGGGUUACCAUAUGUUGUUUCUACUCACAUUUAUGUCCUGUAGUCAAGUUAAACCUAUCUAUGUCCACAUAUGGCAAAGUAUUUAAACUUUUUGUGAAUGUAUAACGGAAACUUCUGUAGCACAAGCUGGCCUCAAACUUGUAAUGUAGCCAAAGAUGACUUUGAACUUCUGAUCUUCCUGCCACCUCCUCCUCUGAGGGCUGAGAUUACAGACAUGCACCAUUGUGACUAGUUCAUGUGGUGCUAGGGAUGGAACCCAGGGGUUUGUGCAUGCUACCAACUGAGCUAUACUCCCUAGCCCUCAUCCCCUUCUUUGCAUCAGAGCCUCAAGUAUUCCAGGCUGACUUUGAACUCAGUGUGUAGCCAAGGAAGACUUUGAACUCUUGGUCCAGGUGGACACAGGAGGAUCGCA